UACAUGUGUGAUAGGAUGGUGAUGAAGAAGCAUAAGGCCGAUCCAAAUACGCAAAACCCUAGAGGAAGAGGAAAGAGGCAACAUGUGGAAAGUGAAAUUGACAAGUUGCCUGAUGAUUUACUUAUUGCUAUCGUGUCUCGUAUGAGCAUUAAGGAUGCUAUCAGGACGACCAUUCUUUCUCGUAGAUGGAGAUAUUUGUGGACGUUUGCUUAUGGGUUGAGAUUUGAUGAUAGGGAAUGUACAGAUAGAAAUAGAUUCAAUUUUAUAAGAUUGGUGGAUCGUGUCUUCAAGUUGCAUCAGGGUAAAAGUGUUGACAGUUUGAUUCUUCGUUUUUUUAAUAAAUGUAAAUCGCCCUAUUUUUAUCCCAUUGGUAAAUGGAUAGAUUUUGCUCUGCACAAGGAAGUAAAGAGAUUUGAAUUGGAUUUGUCCGGUGCCUCUUGCAACCACGAAUUUCCUUGCCUUUUUAUGUUGUUAACAAGAUUUCCAAUUGACAAGGUUUUACCACUAUUCGACACCCUGAACGUGCGCGACUCUUUGCCUCGUUACCUAAGAUCCCUUAAUGCCUUUAUUUCUCUAAGAUCCUUUAGAUUGGUUAAUGUUGCUAUUAAGGAUGAGAUGGUUCAGUAUUUUCUGGCCUCCUGUCAAUACAUUGAAAAAAUAUGCAUAAGGGGCUCCAAUGCUACGAAAGAUCUCGAAUUUGUCGACCCUUUGCCGUAUUUGAAAGUAUUGGAAAUAUCAGAGUGUUGCAACAUCCAAAGCCUGGUGAUAUCUGUUGUGAAUCUUGUCUCGUGUACAUAUGAAGGAAGGAAAAUCGGCUUGCCAUUCAAGAAAGUUCCAAGUCUCUCCGAGCUAACUCUUGGUGGGGGUUUUUGUGGGUCCUUCGUUUAUGAACCUAACAAACACUCGAGCUAUUCAGCGCAACUUGUGAAGCUUGUGUUGAAUAUUCCACAUGUGAGCGCUUUGAGUGUAAUUGUUCCUCGUGAAUUACCUCAGUUAUACGCUCUCAAGAGGAUGGAAUUGAGCGUCAUGUCACAUGUUGGGCGAAGUCUUCUCUUUUGGACAUCAUUGAUCGAGGCUUCUCCUCAAUUGCAAGAGUUGAAAAUCAAGAUAAUCUACUUAUUGCGCUGCUCAUCGUCUACCAUUGGAUGGAAUUUAUUGCCAUUUCCUGAAGUAACUUCAGCAGAGGCAAAUAUGUUUGAUCAUAAAAAUCUCAAGGUAAUCGAAAUGGGAGGGUAUUGUGGGUGUGCAAGGGAAGAUGAGUUUCUUGUGCAUGUGUGUAAGAGUGCUGCCAUGUCACUUGAGACUGUGAUUAUCGACACCGACUGUAGUUACUAUUGUGAUCCCGAGUGCUCAUCUUUUUUCGUAAUGUACAAACUGAGAGUAGAUGGUAAAGUGCCGAUGGUGAACGAGGGGGGGACGACUCGUCGUGAAGAGCCUAUUGAGUACGGGGAUUUGAAUCAAUUUGACGCCAAAAAGCAUGCCGAGAGAUUCACUUCUAGUUUUCGGUCAUCGGAAAUAAAAUUUGUCAUAAGAUGAUGUGUAGAUGUUUUUCUUAAUUUAUUGUUUUAUUAAUAUAUUUAUUCAAAAUUUGUUAUAAGAUGAUGUAUAGAUGUUUUUCUUAAUUUAUUGUUUUAUUAAUAUCUUUAUUCAAAA